AAUUAAAAAACAAAAAAUUCUGUCAAAAUAGAGCACAGCAGCAGCAGCAACAGCAUUUCAAAUUCAGAAAAUUGGCUAUAGUAGUAAAAAAGCAUAAAUCACACUCACACGCACACACACAUACACACCUAUGGUUAUACAUGUUAGGUAUGUUGAGACAAUCCCUAUAAAGCACUUGCGGCGGCUGAUUUUAAUCACACGAGAUUAUUGCGCUACAAUGAAAACGAGAAUAAAUAGCAAGGAAUUCAGCGAAAAUGGCGAGCAGCGAACUGGCACAACACACAACCAAACCAGCUUGAAAACUACAUAUUUUGUAUGAAAUAAAGCAAUACAAGUUUCGUAAAUAAAUAUAGUAGUGAAAAGAAACAUUGUUGUUGCUACUUAGUGAAAAAAAUAAAAUUCGUAUAAAAGAAAAUACUGUACAUUUAAAUAGCAAGUGAUGAAAAUGAGUGAAAAGUAAAAACAUGCGCCAAACUAAAAAUAAAAUGGAAAAAUUUUUUGUGCACUUCCUCGCGCUCAUUUGCGGGUUGCCAAGUAGCGCGAGCAGCAUUUGCCAUAAUUUAUUGGCCAUGCCGAUCCUUAAAUUAUAGCAAUAAUGUUUGCCCAUAUUUUUAUUUGACAUUUUCAAAUGUUAUGUUUGUUGUCAAUAUCCCAACGUAUUCCACUGAAAAUCAACAAUACACUACAUACAUCCACGUACAUAUGUGCAAAUGUUGUUGCCUUUUGCCUGCGGCCUGUUGCUCUUUUGGCGCAUGCUGCGCUGCGCGAUCAGUUAGCGAAAGAGUAAAGCUGCCAUUCAUUGUCUAUGCGACAGCACUGCCCGCUAUUUUCGAAGAGCUUAUAAGUAUUUCAAUAUGUAGAUAUGUGCGCCUAUAUGCAUGCAUAUGUAGUUAGUAUAUCUCGCCUUUUUCGUGUUUGUUUUAGUUUUUGUUGUUUUGUGUGGGUUUUGGUGGACCACAUUUGAAUUUGCAAAUCGUGCGCUGCUCACGCUCAUUGCUCUUUGAACCACAUACACACACACACACACAUAAACACUGGCACUCGCACAUUUAAUACAGCUAUGCUUAAAUACAUUCAAUUAUCCACUAUUGUAUUGGUGCAUGUAUUUGAAAUUCUUCAAUUUGAAAAUUUCCACUUUGCAAAUAGUGAGAAGAAAAUUCAGAACUUAGUUGAAUACGAGUAUCGAACCCCUGAAGAGUGCCUGCCCGGUUGGCUGAUUUGUGUGUGUCCGGUGCGCGAAAUUAAAAACAAAUGAAAAACCAAAAUCAUCCAAAGUAAUGGUAUUUGUAGAGGAACAAAUAGGGGAAAACGCACCGACCCACAACAACAACAACGACCACGACGACGAAAAACAAAGGGAUAGCAAACUUCAGCGGGUAGAAAGUUAACCAAGAAAAUUGAGAGAAUUAUUUUAGCAACAAAAAAAGGAGAUCAUCUAACUGCGUUUAGAGCAGGAGAAAAACGCAGCUAAGCGCGAAGAAAAAACGCAAAGCGCCAAACGAUCAUUCAUAAUCAUUUCAAAAUUGAACUUAACGAAAUACAACCAAUACAAAACGAAUAACGAAAAAUAUAAAAAAAAAAUAUUUAUAAAAAAUACAAUAUUUCGGUAACCAGUAUACGAAUUUGUAAAUAAUCAAAACACGAAUUUGAAACGAACUUAAAAAGCAGCGUCAAAACACAGUUAUAUAAUUGACAGAACGCAGCAAAUACACUGCAAAAAAUUUUUGUAGUUUCAUCUUAGCACCUCAAACGUAGUAGUUCGAGUCCAACGCGAUUUGCGCGACGCCACAUUAAAUUCACAUUUCGUGUAAAAUAAAAUAAUUACACCAAUAAACAAUCAUAGAUAUUUAUUUAACAAUAUUUUAGUGCGCGCCAUAUGCAGCAAAGGCAGUUGUUGAAAUUAAAAUAAAACUGGGUGGCUCAUAUUAUGGCUGCGCACAGCUAAACGAUUUGACGUAGAACGAAAUAUUGGUUUCAAAAACAAACAAACCGAGUUAUACUGAGAUAUUGACUUGUUGUUAAUUUAUUAUGUUUUCGCCGACGAUUUCCUACAACACAAUUCAAACGUACACUGAAAUCAGAGAGGCGACAACAAGAAAAACGGCAACAAGGCCGCAUAUUCACAACGACGACUUUCGACGAGUCAACGAACAGCGUGGACUCAAGAAACUUAUUUUUAACCAAAUUAAACCUCCAGAGCUACGUUUGGUGGUUUGACGGCGAACGACGUUAGAGUUAACGUAACCCCCGGCAUUACAAACGGAAAAUAAAUCUAAAAUCAAGAAAAAGGAAGAAGGAGGAAGGAAGAAGUAAAAAAUAAAACGGAAGAAGAAAGUAGGAACAACGUCAUCACAAAAUAAACGACAACACCAAACCAACGAUUAACACCAAACGUAUGCGAAACGAAACAACGAAUAACGAACAAACUGUACAACACGAAUAACGAACCAACAAAAGUAAAGGAGGAAACCGAACAACAAACAAACAAGGAGAAAAACAAUUUUUUUCAGCGUAGUUGUGCCAGAAGUUAAAACAAAAAGCACAAAAAACAAAAAAACAAUUUUUUGAAUGAUUUUUAAUUGCGUGUUUGGAGAAACGUAAAGUGCCGAAAAGUACCGUUAUACAAACCGCCAAUAUUUUGCCAGUGCGCAAUAACUAUUGUAAAUAAAUACUAAAUAAACAAUAAAUAAGCUGUUAAACAAAAAUAUUUUAGUAAUUCUUUGAAUUAGUAUUUACAUACGCACAUGUAUGUACAUAUAUAAAUUUAUCUGUUUUUUUGUUGUGUGCUGUUGAAAGAAAUUCGAAUUGCAUUGUUGAAAUAUUUAUAAGCGUGAAAAAAUAGCUAAUUAAAUUUUAUGAGAAGCGCCAAGCGAAUAUACGAAACACAUUUUUAAGUGUUAUCACAUAUAAUAAAAUAUAUAACGAAUUGCGAAACAAAAAAAUAAAAUAAAAACAAAAACAAAUUAAAAAAAAACGAUAAAAUACAAACUACAAAAAUACUCAGUUUAAGUACAAGCACCAAAUAGUUGACAAAUUGCAACAACAAAAAUUAAACGAUAAACGUUUUAUAAAAAUUAAACUUUACGGUUUUUAAACUGAAUUUUAGCGCGUUACAGAACUGCUGAAAAGCCAGUGAGCUUUUAAAACAACUAAACGUGAAAAAUCGUAGUGUUCUUUUAUUGUCAUUUUCUGCAUACUUUGCAAGAAGUGUAACAAAGACUUAAAACUAGUCAUUAGCGGAUAUUAUCUACUAUUUAUAUAUUUAUGCAUCAAAUAUACGAUUUAAGACAUUUUACAAUUACACAAAUACAUACAUACACAUUGUAUACUGUUACUGUUCAUUAUAUUUAAGUGAGUUAAAGACCUGUUAAGUGCACUUUUUAACGUUGAACUGCGCGCAUAACUAACAAAUCCGCCCAUAAAUCAACUGAGUUGGAACGCCAUAAAACCCCAAAUAUUUAAAGUAAUAAAGUAAAGCAAGGCAAGACAGCAAAAUUGCACCUGCUUUUAGUGUAAAUUGAAAAAACCUUAACAAAUAUUUAUUUAAAAAAAUUAUUGUAAAAUAAUAAAAAAAAAUUUGUUUAAAUAUACAUAAAAUAAAAAAUCUAAUCCAAAAAGAAUUAAUCCGAACUGCGUAUUUAAUACGCAAAAAUAACAAAGACAAAAUAAAUUAAGCCAAAAAUAUAGCUAUAAAGUGUAACUAUUGCAUGAUAUACACAUAUAUAUAUUUUUGUUGUUUUUUUUUUUUUCGUUGUAUAAAAUCCUCAAUAAUUCUCCUCUGCAAAACGACGCAAGCUAAAAUAUCUUUAUGAGAAAGUAUAAUUACCAACCGUACCCGGCGUACCAGCACACCACCAACGCACAACAGCAGCAGCAAUCCGCACUAAAGACACACAAACACUCAGCGCAUCCAUUACAUCAGCAGCAGCAGCAGCAGCAGGGCACGUACACUUCCCGCUUCGAGCAGCAACAAGAAAUAAUUUUACCGCCUCCACAGCAGCUGCCAACGCCAACAAUGUCGCCACAACAGCAACUACCCACACACGCUGGCUACCAGCAACAACAGCAACAGCAGCAGCAGCAGCAAGCACAACAACAGCCAACGCAGCAAGCGCAACUGCUGCAACAACAACGGCAAACAGCAGAGCUGGAACAUCACAAACAGUUGCAAUUACAGCAACAGCACCAGCAACAGUUGGCCAACGCCACGUUUGCAGAGAAUUUUGCAGCCUUACAGCAGCAACAACAGCAGAAUACAGCUGGCGCUGGCGCUGCCUCUGCCGCGAAUGGCAAUUUUUUUCCAACGGCGUCAUCGCAGCCAUACACGCAAGCUAGCGACUAUUUGUCUUAUAAUCAAAAUAAUAUUAGCAACAACAACAACAACAGUCACAUGCAUAAUUGCAACAAUGGCAAUAAUCCAAGAAAUGCAACAAAUACUGAUAAUCGGCUGCAACAAUUACAACAACAACAACAACAACAACAACAAACGCAUUUGUCAUUUGUAAAUAAUCAAAAUCCCAGUAAUCGGCAAAUUCAAUUUCAACAAAAUCACCAGCAACAACAACAGCGACCGCAGCAGCUGCAAUUGCCUCAUCAGCAACACAUGCAACGGCUGCAACAACAGCAGCAUCAAUUUCAGUUGCAUCAGCAACAACAACAACAGCAACCACAACAACGUCAAUAUGCCAGCAAUAAUAAUAAUAAUAAUCACAUCAAUGCGCUAAGUAAUCAACAACAAUUGCACUUGCAACAACUACAGCGAGUACUGUUGGAGAAGCAACAACAAAAAUUACUGCAACAGCAACAACACCAACAACAACUGCAAAUACCAACCUCAGUUACUACUAGCAACUGUAAUAAUGCCUUGCCUGUGCCCGCAACCACGGCGGUCAGCAAUGGUGGCGGCGACUACAGCAGCAGCGGCGAUGGCCUUGCCAGCACAGUUGACGAGGCAGCCGAUUGUCGAUUCUCGAUGGAUGCUUGCGAAAUUGCAAAUUUUCUGGCUAAUGAGCUUUUUAUGCAGCAGCUCGUUUCAAUGGAUGGCAUACAGAGUGGUGUACCUACGUUGACCACGUCCACGUUGACACCCACCACACUACGCAGCAUCGAGGAGACAUUCAUACAGCUGACAACUGAUCAUUCGAAUCCGCCCUGUCAGGCCGGUUUCAUACCGCCGCCCGUCAGUUCUUUACAAAGUUCCACAAGCCCGGUAUUCAUCGGUGGCCUACAAAGCUACAACGAUGUCGACACGGACGACUCACAGGCAUCCUGGACCAAUUCACAAUUGAAUGAGGAAAAUUCGCUGGCGACAACAGAUACUUCAAGCGCCGCCACUGAUAGUACCUCAUUCCCGAACGGCCUCAACGGUAUUAGCAACGCUUCACUCGCUACCUCAAACACAUCGUCCAAAAAUGAUUUCACCUUAUUACACAGCGCCAUCGCAGCGGAAGCUGGCAAACAUGCCGGCCAUCUGUUGCUCACAACUUCGCCCAAUAGCAGCAACGUUCAUACCUCAAACAGUGCCACAGUUACGCCUGCACCGACACGUCGCAACCAAGGCGGCCGUCGACCUGCCAAAGCGACCAACAUGUCACCCGAAGAGGAGGAGAAACGUCGUAUACGUCGUGAACGUAACAAAUUAGCUGCGGCGCGUUGCCGCAAGCGUCGUGUCGACCAAACCAAUGAGCUGGAAUUAGAGGUGGAUCGCUUGGUGGGUAUACGCGAAACAUUACAGAAGGAAGUUGAAGGCCUUAAAGUAACCAAAAAUCGAUUGGCCUUCAUUUUGGAAGCGCAUCGACCGACCUGCCAGAAGAUACGUCAAGAUCUAUUGAGUGUGCACACCUACGAUGGCCUGAUUGCGCCGGCGAACAGCAACAGCAACGACAGCAAUAGCAAUAUUAUUGGAGUUGAUACAACGUUGUCGUCUGUGGGACGCAGUGGCUCACCCAUCGAUCUCAAGCCUAUCAUUUUGGACAUCGUACCGCGCAUCAAGAAUGAACCUCUAGAUAGUACGCUCGACUCGGGCUCAUCACUGGACCAUGACGGGCCACCAUCGCCCAAGCGCAUGCUGCUCUCCGACAACAAUCCGAUGAUACAGCCACCAUUGCCGAAUGUGGCCACACUCUCUGCUUCUUUGGCUGCGGCCUCUGCAUCCUUAAAUACACCAAUUGUGACGGCGGCACCGGUAAGUUUUGCCAAUUUCGUCGCCGGCACAAGUAUUGCCAACAACAACAACAACAAUAAUAAUACUAUUGCGACCAGCAGUGCCAUUACAGGCACAUUGGCUGCGCCGCACAGACAACUUUUGAGUGGUAGCAAGCAGCGCCCCAACUCGUUGCCAACAAACCUACGCAGCCAGGCACAAAAUCUUGCUCUGAACACCGAACGUCCGCCAACAGACAUUAAUGGUGUAGCCAUACAAACGCCAUCGACUGGCAUGUUCAAUUUCGACUCGCUAAUGGAUGGUGGCACUGGACUAACACCCGUCUCAGGCCCCCUAGUACCGACUUGUUCAUCGCAAAACAAGCAUCCAUUGGAAUUGCAAACGCCUACCAGUGAGCCAUCGAAAUUAGUCAGCUUAUAACAAUAAAAAGAACGGAGAACACUGCGCAGGCUGGCGGAUGAAGCGUUGGUUGGUGGAGGAGACAUGGAGUGGUGGAGAUGAUGUGGAGGAGGAGAAAAUGCGCCGGUCGAAGAUUGAAAUUUUUUCCAAGAGUAUUUGUGGUAUUGUGGCGUUGUGUUAGUGAAGCUUGAGAAGUUUUACACACUUGAUGCCAGGUAGCCAGAACCAACAACAAACACUAAGAUAUAUGCUUUAAAAUGUAUUGAAACGUGCCGUGCAUGCGGGCGGACGGUGCGUAUACGCAACCUAUAACGCAAUAAAAAUGGGAAUCAGUUGCAAAUAUGUAAUAAUCUAUAUGUAUAUGUAAAAAUAUGUACUUGUAUAUGUUUCGAAACAGAUUUAACGAUGCGAAUGUUUUAAAGCGAUUUUUUCUUCAUUUAAAAAAUCGACAAUUUUGUAGAAUCAUUUUGUGCGUAAACGAAUAAUUUUAAGCAGUUAUAGGCAAGGCAUUAACACUAACAUACAUAUAAAGUGUUAAGUUUUCUUUUGUACUUUGUUCACAUAAAAUUAAAAAAAAAAAAUAUUUUUCUAAAAAUUAUCUUCAAACUUAGUUAAAACAGAGCGAACAUAGUAGAGGAAAGGAGAGGAAACGAAGAUGGAAAUCGAGGAGGUAGCAAAGCGUUAGUUUAUGAAUUAUUAUGCAUUGUACGUCUAUUAUUACUAGCAAACACAAAAAAAUUGUUGUUGUACGUUUUAUGACUACUUCCUAUUUCUAUUUUUAUGUUUAUGUUUAUAUUUUAAAAAUUCCAAUUAUUUAAAAUUUUCAAUUUUGCUUUAUCCAAUAUAAUAUUUAGCUUUA